CCUCCACCACCAGGUAUUUUAGCCUUCAAACACAACCUGCUCGCUUCUUUUCUCUCCCCAAACUCUCUUCUGCCUCGUCUCCAACCGUCUGUGUUGCUAGAUUAGCUGUCUAGCUGCUCUGUGAUAUCCCUUUCCUCUUUUUAUUUGUAGGUGACUCUUCCCCCAAGCUCCUCGCUACGCUGCGCCCGCGAGAAAAAAUUUCAGCCUGGUAGCUCUCCUCACUAACCAACCUGCUUCCAGGAUACCCUUCCAUCCCCUCACAUCUUCAAAAUGUCCGAGACUUUCGAGUUUCAGGCUGAGAUCUCUCAGCUUCUGUCUCUGAUCAUCAACACCGUCUACUCUAACAAGGAGAUCUUCUUGCGAGAGCUCAUCUCCAACGCCUCCGAUGCCCUUGACAAGAUCCGCUAUGAGUCUCUCUCAGACCCAUCCAAGCUCGAUUCGGGCAAGGAUCUUCGCAUCGACAUUAUCCCCGACAAAGAGAACAAGACCCUCACCAUCCGCGACACUGGUAUUGGUUUCACCAAGGCUGAUUUAAUCAACAACCUCGGUACCAUUGCCCGCUCCGGUACCAAGCAGUUCAUGGAGGCCCUCACUGCCGGUGCUGAUAUCUCUAUGAUCGGCCAGUUCGGUGUCGGUUUCUACUCUGCCUACCUUGUUGCUGACAAGGUCACCGUUAUUUCCAAGCACAAUGACGACGAGCAGUACAUCUGGGAGUCCAGUGCUGGCGGUACCUUCACCCUCUCCCCCGAUACUGAGGGUGAGCAGCUCGGCCGUGGCUCCAAGAUCAUCCUCCACAUCAAGGAUGAGCAGACCGACUACCUCAAUGAGAGCAAGAUCAAGGAGGUUGUCAAGAAGCACUCCGAAUUCAUCUCCUACCCCAUCUACCUCCACGUCCUGAAGGAGACCGAGAAGGAGGUCCCUGAUGAGGAUGCCGAGGAAGAGAAGGCUGAAGAGGAUGAGGAGAAGAAGGCCAAGAUCGAGGAGGUUGAUGAUGAAGAAGAGGAGAAGAAGGAAAAGAAGACCAAGAAGAUCAAGGAGUCCAAGAUCGAGGAAGAGGAGCUUAACAAGACCAAGCCCAUCUGGACUCGCAACCCUGCCGAUAUCACCCAGGAAGAAUAUGCCUCUUUCUACAAGUCCCUCUCCAACGACUGGGAGGACCACCUCGCUGUCAAGCACUUCUCCGUCGAGGGUCAGCUCGAGUUCCGUGCCAUCCUCUUCGUCCCCAAGCGUGCUCCUUUUGAUUUGUUCGAGACUAAGAAGACCAAGAACAACAUCAAGCUGUACGUCCGUCGUGUCUUCAUCACUGACGAUGCUACCGACCUCAUCCCCGAAUGGCUCAGCUUCAUCAAGGGUGUUGUCGACUCUGAGGAUCUUCCACUCAACUUGUCUCGUGAGACUCUUCAGCAGAACAAGAUCAUGAAGGUCAUCAAGAAGAACAUUGUCAAGAAGACCCUCGAGCUCUUCAACGAAAUCGCUGAGGACCGUGAGCAAUUCGACAAGUUCUACAGUGCCUUCAGCAAGAACAUCAAGCUCGGUAUCCACGAGGACUCCCAGAACCGCCAGUCCUUGGCCAAGCUCCUCCGUUACAACUCCACCAAGUCCGGUGAUGAGAUCACCUCUCUCGCCGACUACGUCACCCGUAUGCAGGAGCACCAGAAGCAAAUCUACUACAUCACUGGCGAGUCUCUCAAGGCCGUUCAGAAGUCUCCCUUCCUUGACACCCUCAAGCAGAAGAACUUCGAGGUGCUUUUCCUUGUUGACCCCAUUGACGAGUACGCCUUCACUCAGUUGAAGGAGUUCGACGGCAAGAAGCUUGUCGACAUCACCAAGGACUUCGAGCUCGAGGAGACCGACGAGGAGAAGGCCGAGCGCGAAAAGGAAGAGAAGGAGUACGAGAGCCUUGCCAAGAGCCUCAAGAACAUCCUCGGCGACAAGGUCGAGAAGGUUGUUGUCUCUCACAAGCUCGUCGGCGCUCCUUGUGCCAUCCGUACUGGCCAGUUUGGCUGGUCCGCCAACAUGGAACGUAUCAUGAAGGCCCAGGCUCUCCGUGACACUUCCAUGAGCUCAUACAUGGCUUCCAAGAAGACCUUCGAAAUCUCCCCCAAGUCCGCCAUCAUCAAGGAGCUUAAGAAGAAGGUCGAGGCCGAUGGCGAGAACGACCGCACUGUCAAGUCCAUCACCCAGCUGCUCUUCGAGACCUCGCUCCUCGUCUCCGGCUUCACCAUCGACGAGCCCGCCAGCUUCGCCGAGCGCAUCCACAAGCUCGUCUCUCUCGGCCUGAACGUCGACGAAGAUGUUGAGACCGCCGAGGAGGCGUCCGAGGAAGCGCCCGCCGCCGAGGCCACUGGCGAGAGCACCAUGGAGGAGGUCGACUAAAUCACCACCACCACGCGCUAUCUCAUGUGAUACGAACCCCUGGAUGUAACAUGAUUUUUUCAUAAUGGACGAAAAACUUGGGGUCAUGCUUCCGAUGGAUGGAUUGUGACUUCGGCGUUUGAGCGGUUAUUUAAUGACUAAAGUGUAUUUCUUUUUACUACUUCAAUGUUUCAUUUUCAUCUCUCGGUUUGAUUUCCUGAGUCUGUAAUAAGAGAUGCAGGUCUUAGAUUAAAUAAGAAUCGAAUUGCUUUGAAAACAA